AUGCCUCAUACGGAAGCUAAACUCGUGGAAAAUAUCCAGCAUGUGCUUUCUUUAUCAGACGUAGAUGGAAGUUAUCCAUCACCCAUUGAUUUGAAUAUUCGUCAUAAAGUUGACAUUGAACUUCCAGAUCUUGAAUGGAACCACUAUGAGGAAACAGCACACAAAAUGAAAGUUACCAACAGUGGUCAUACAGUUGUUUUGAGUGCCAAAUGGAAAGAAAACAAGCCAUUUAUAACAUCCGGUCCACUACCUGACAAAUAUAUAUUUUCUCAAAUGCAUUUUCAUUGGGGUAGUAAUGAUAAUGAAGGGAGUGAACAUACAAUAGAAGGUUUCUGUUUUCCCAUGGAGAUGCAUGUUGUUCAUUUUAAGGCUUCAUAUUCAACACGUAAAAAUGCGCAUCAAAGAAAAGAUGGCCUUGUGGUAACAGUGUAUUUAUUUCAGAUACAAGAAAUUGAUAACCGAAAUCUAUCGUCUUUAAUUGAUGCACUUCCAUCUGUUUGUGUUCCUAAUUCAUCAACAAGCAUUAUGCCUUCAUCACUUGAAGAUUAUGCCCCACCUUUUUCUAAUAAUUAUUUUUUGUAUUGGGGUUCAGUGAAUACUGUAACUUGUUCACAUGAGAUUCUUUGGUUUGUUUGCAGAGAACCUGUAGGCAUAUCCAGAAAGCAGUUGCAUUACUUCCGGGAACUCAAAGGACCAGAUCAUCAGCCAAUGGCAAACACUUUCAAAGGUGUUCAAUCAUUACAGAAUCGUUCACUUUUCCUCGUGAAUGGUGAAUCACCAUUGGACAAUACUCUAAAACCUCUGCAUUUACCUCCAUCUUCUCAAAUUGUGAGAAAAGUCAGCCACAUCACAGGUGCACAAUUACAAACUGCUGAAUGUUUUAGUGUAGUUAAUGAUGAUUUAGUUGAUAUUAUUCCUCAUGCCUAUUCUCAUAAUAAUGAAAAAUUCCUGGACAAAAAAAAGUAACCUUAGAAUAUGUAACCUUUCAAACUGUGGUUCCUUGAUGUUUUAAAGAUAAGCUUCCCACUAUUGAAAUAAAAUUGAAAAAACAAUUAUUAUUGAAGAUACUUCAUGUGUUGAAUUUACUAGUAAUCUUUUGAAGAACAAAUUUCGAGAAAAUUUUACAUGUAGGCCUACAAUAGCGUAUUUAAAAGUAUUUAUUAACCUAAAUGAUAUCAGAAUAAGUUUUGUAAAAAUUUGUCAACAAUGUAGAACAGAAAUACAUUCAAAACAAACAUUUUAUUACAUUGGAAAAUAAAAAUGUAUCAAACAUCAGAGAUACUUUUUAAAGCAAAUAUUUGCAUUUUGAAAACUUUAUCUUUUAAGUGAAAUUAUAUUACUUGACUCAGAAAAAUAUUUGCUUAAGUGAUACACUGAAUAUGUUUGUUAUUGGAAUAAGCGAUUAAGAAUUCACUACAUAUCUUGCUUCUUUCUUGUCAAACUUGACAUCUCCAAUAGUUUUAUCACAAUUUCUACCUCUGACAUUUUUCUUUAAUUCUUUUUAAAUUAUAUUUUUUUUAAAAAUGGACUAAAUUUCUUAUAUUUCUGUCAAGUUCAAACUAUU